AUGCUUCAGAUGGUCUGUAAAGCAUUCCGCUGGCUUCCUGCGCGUUUGCGGGGAGCGCUCUUCAAUCUGAAUGCGCACCUGCAAGGGUUCGUUCUUGAACCUGAUAAAUUCCGCCAACGUAUGCAGGAUUGCGACGCCAUAAUCUCGCGCGGGUUCGCGCUCAACUUCUUUGUCCGUGGAUGCUCUCAGACUCUGUAUUUGGAUGUGUUCGUCCAGAACGGACAGAAGGCGGAAAGCUUCACACAAUACAUCACAGAGGAGGAGAGCUAUGUCACCGGUUCAGUGCAGGACGCAAGUGACGAGCGAGAUAGAGACAUACACAGCAUCCUCCUGCUUCAAAAUCUUGAGCGCAAAACGACAAUCCGCAUCGUUCAGACUGCAUCAUUUCCUCUGUUAACCAUCUUGCAAACCUCCUGCACAACUGCAGACCUUAAUUUCAUACUCUGCGACAAGGCAUACUCGCUCUUUCCGGCCUUAACCAUACAAAAGCAUGUGUUUUAUCCUUUAAGAGACUUAGACAAUGAAGGUGGUCGCAGGCUGGUCGAGUAUGCGCACCAAGGAUGGACAAAUCGUGAUUUCAAUUGGCCGGACUGGUCAUCUGAAGGGUUGAAAGGUCUGGGCCAUCGGCGCAUAGGCGACAACUUAUCCCUAGUUGUGCAUCUUCAAGACAACGUCGGUACACCUUCUUCCACACUUUCCCACUUUAUCGAGCACUCCCGUUGCGAGAUCACGCAUGAGUCUCUAUCCGCUCAGUUCGGAAACAGCACGCGCAGACGAAGAAACUUUGGUGCAACUAGUCGCCACGUGCUGACCCUGACGGCGAAGAAGAUUUCUUCCUAUUCUCUGCGCCGUCCACUUACGGAUGGAGAAUUCAGUGGUUGGGGGAACUUUGUCAGAGAACGCCUUAGCAGAUGGACCCGCGCAGAGCUUUUCAAGAUUGCGCCUGGAGCUCGGCCAGCUGCCUUUGAUCCCGCGGCUUCUUCGAUUGCAUUUGACGAAAACGACUUGCAAACUUUCACACAGCCCCUUUCUUGGGACUACGCGGAUGACCAGCUUCCACGCUGCCACUUGGCACAGAUCUGUGAAUGUCUCCAUAACCUCCAGACAUGCGCCAACAUUGGUCUCAAAUGGAACCUCAAGAAUGGAGGCACCAACCAUAUAGUCAAGGAUACAAUCGACAUUCUCACCUCAGGUAGAGCCAUGGUUGUUGGCUACGAUGUCACUCAUCCUACGAACAUGUCCAACGAAAAAAGCGCAGCGCCCAGCCUGAUCGGAAUGGUUGCCAGUGUUGACAAAGACCUCGGACAAUGGCCGGCUUCUCGCCUCUUGUUACGGCGUCAGCGUAACCAAGACAGACUCCCUGAGUUCCUCAUCAUCUAUCGAAACGGCGUCUCGGAAGGCCAAUUUACCCAGGUCCUCACAACUGAGCUGCCUAUGAUCCGCAAGGCGUGUGACCAGCUCUAUGCGCCCAAGCAGCACCCGAGGCUCUCCAUCAUCGUAUCCAUCAAACGUCAUCAGACGCGCUUCUAUCCUACGUCUGGAGUGAAUAUGGAUCAGAAAUCGCGCAACAUCAAAAAGGGCACCGUCAUCGACUGCGGUGUCAGUCAGGCUCGUUACUGGGAUUUCUUCUUGACUGCCCACACGGCUCUCAAGGGGACCGCCCGCCCUGCCCACUAUACUGUGCUAAUGGAUGAAAUCUUCAGGGAGAAGUACGGCGUGGGUGACUCGGCUGCGGACCAGUUAGAGAAGCUCACGCAUAACCUCUGCUACCCUUUCGGCCGUGCCACCAAGGCGUUCAGUAUUUGCCCGCCAGCCUACUACGCGGAUAUUGUGUGUGAACGGGCUCGCGUUCACCGUCCGGCUCUUUUCGACAUCUCGGAUGCGGCAUCGACGACCACAAGUGCAUAUCAGCCCGUUGCACCCUCAACCAACGUGCAGGUGCAUCCGAACCUGCGAGACACGAUGUAUUACAUUUGA